AUGGAUGGAAGUGGAGCGUCACCACCAUCAUUGAUGAAUGAAUAUAUGAUGCAAGGCAGUGUCUCCUCUUCAGGAACACGAUCAAUGGAUGUGAUUGUAUAUUUUAUGAAUGAUGAGGCGGUUCCGCUGACAGUGGAUGGCCUUUCUGUCAUGACAGCACAUGAGUUGCACAGAAUCAUCCGUGAAGUCCUUGUGCUCCCUGACAUUGCUCAAGAAGUCUUUGCUCUGUGGCUUGCCUCUCCAUUAUUGGAGGUGCAACUGAAGCCAAAACAUCAACCUUACAAAGUCUGCAGACAGUGGCAUGACCUGUUGGCACGGUUCACAAAUAAUUCGGCUGAAGACAUUCAUCAAGAUGAACCUUGUCUGCAGUUCCGCAGAAACAUUUUCUUUCCUAAAUGUCGAGAACUUCAGAUUGCUAAUGAGGAAGUUUUGCGUCUGCUAUAUGAAGAGGCCAAAUCUAACGUCCUAGAGGGCAGGUACCCCUGUGACUUAGAAGACUGUGAACUGUUGGGCGGCCUAGCUUGCCGCUUAGAACUGGGUCCUUAUAACCAAGAAAAGCAUACACCUUCCACAUUAAGACCCAAGCUGGAGUGCUUUCUUCCUUCUUAUGUGUGUAAAAAAAGGAAUGGAUUAUUGAAUGCUUUUAUUAAUAGAGGGAGUCGCCAGGCAAAUUUUGAACAGACUUUACUGAACUCGUACAAAGAAGUUACAGAAAAUACUUGUGAAGAGGGAGAAACCACAAACUACAAAGAGUAUCUGAAGAAGUGCCAUGAACUUCCCUAUUAUGGGUGUGCUUUUUUCAUGGGAGAAAUUGACAAACCAGCACAAGGCUUUCUGAACCGAGCUGGACGCAAGACCGUGUCAGUUGCUAUUAAUAUGGAAGGAGUGUCUGUUAUUGAUCGAAAGGAAAAGCAUGUCUUAAUAAGUUUAAAGUUUUCAGAGCUGUCCUGGGACCACACAUAUCCAGAGAGGGAAGAACAUAUUCUAUGGCUGGAGUUUGAUGGUAAUAAUGAAGGAACACCAGUUAACAAGUUGCUAAAAAUAUACUCCAAACAGGCUGAGCUGAUGAGUGGUUUAAUUGAGUAUUGCGUAGAACUUAAUCAAGGUGGAGAUAUGCAUUCUCCAGACUCUGUUUCUGGGAGUACACCAAUUACUGAGAAACGGAGCAAACUACGCAGACAGGAGAGUGUUUUGUGUAACCGCAUCAAGCAUCUUACCACAAUUGAUUAUGUUGAUGACGGCACUGAAAUUAAACGAGUGAAGCCCAAAAGAGCUGCAUCAUUUUUCACUCGACAGUCAACCCAUGGCUAUGCAUCUGUUCUGCCUGCUGACAGCCCUGUCGAAAGCUGA